ACAGUUCCCGCCGCCGAACUUGGCCCGUGGGUGGGGCGGCCGGCAGCCCACGGGGCACGUGAGCGAUGGAGACCAUCUGGAUCUACCAGUUCCGCCUCAUCGUGAUAGGGGACUCCACCGUGGGCAAGUCGUGCCUUCUACACCGCUUCACCCAGGGCCGCUUCCCCGGGCUGCGCUCCCCCGCCUGCGAUCCCACCGUCGGCGUGGACUUCUUCUCCCGCCUCCUGGAGAUCGAACCGGGCAAGAGGAUCAAGCUGCAGCUCUGGGACACAGCGGGACAGGAGCGGUUCAGAUCCAUAACUCGAUCUUACUACCGCAACUCAGUUGGUGGAUUUUUAGUGUUUGACAUUACUAACCGACGAUCUUUUGAACACGUGAAAGAUUGGCUAGAAGAAGCAAAACUGCAUGUACAGCCAUUUCGGAUUGUAUUUCUGCUAGUGGGACAUAAGUGUGAUUUAGCUUCACAACGUCAAGUUACAAGGGAAGAAGCUGAAAAACUGUCAGCAGACUGUGGCAUGAAGUAUAUAGAAACCUCUGCAAGAGAUGCUACAAAUGUUGAGGAAUCCUUUACAAUCUUGACAAGAGAUAUAUAUGAACUUAUUAAAAAGGGAGAAAUUUGUAUUCAGGAUGGCUGGGAAGGGGUUAAGAGUGGUUUUGUUCCGAAUACUGUGCAUUCUUCUGAAGAAGCAGUGAAGCCUAGGAAAGAGUGCUUCUGCUGACUUCAAACAUGGCCAAAGAACUAACAAGAACAGAUUGGGUAGUCAUUUCAGGAUAAAUACCAACAUUAACAGCAGAAUGAUGCAAUGAAAGCAUUAAAAAAAAAAGUUAGUAGCCCAUACUAACGCUGCUCCGUGUAAGGUAUUUGAUUCAGAGCACUAUGCUUACUUCUUAUGCUACCAGAUUGGGUAUUUUGUUAAAUUAUUAGGCAAAGCAGACAACUUUUUCUUGAAACUGGAGUAUCUAACUAAUUACCUCCAUUCUCACUUUGUCAGCAUAUAGUCAACCUUAACGUCCAGCUAUGUCAAUAUUACUCAUUUUUCUUGACAGUUCAAAAUGGAUUUUUUGUACAUAUAUAAUCUGAUUGAAAAGAUUUUAUCAGGAAUUACAUUCUCUUGAGUUAAUUAUUAUUGAAUAGUAAAGUGCAUUUAAAAGCAUACUGGUCAGUUGCAAAGUAAACAAUCUCAAAAGUAUCGACUAGGACUUAAAUAGUAGUUCCUUGCUUGAGGUACAAGGUUUUUUUUUUACCAUUU